AUGACAUAUGCCCAACUGCUGCAACAUCUGCUCAAGAUUGAGAAAAUCACUUUGAGGGAUGCUCCAAAUGCGCCAGAUACACUGUCUCCGAACUACAAUGUGAAUGCGCGUUAUGCUUUCCAUUCUUGUGUCGCGGAGCACGAUACCGAAAGAUGCAUCGCUUUGAAGAACAAGGUGCAGGACCUAUUGGAUCAAAAUGUGAUACAGUUCACUCCCACACCCAAUAUUGUCAACAAUCUGAUGCCUACUCACGGAGGUUCGGGUGUGAAUGCCAUCGAGAGUGAAGAGAUAAGUGUUGUAUCCGAUGUGGGCUGCUUGGCUUUUCCUCUUGUGUCUGUGAAACAACAUCUGGUUAAUAGUGGCAUCUUCCCGGGUUGUGGUAUCGAUUGUAAGAAUUGUAAGAGUCAACCUGAGGGUUGUGCUGAUUUGAAAGAUGUGUAUUACUAUGGCACGAAGAAAGAGGAUGGGCUGAAAGAGAAAUCUGUUGAGGAUGCAGUUGCAAAUGCCGAUAAUUUCGCUGGUACUGGUAGAAUUACUCGCAGUGGCAGGGUCUUCUCUCCUCAGCAAGUACAAGACAAUGUUGAUGCUUUGGCGAAGGCCAAAGGUAAACAAGUGGUGAUUGAGGAUCAAAGUAACCCGUCGAUUCAGAAAGGGACAGCUGGUGAUCUUGUGUCUUCUAAAGACGUGGAAGAGUUGUUAAGAAUUAUCCGGAGAUCGGACUACAAAGUUGUUCUGCAGCUGGGCCAAACCCAAUCAAAGAUUUCCAUCUUGCAAUUGUUGAUGUGUUCAGAUGUCCAUAGAGAUGCUCUUUUUAGGAUUCUGAAUGAUGCUUACGUACCGCAGAAGAUAUCUGUGAAUCAGUUGGAGGCCGUUGCCAAUAUUAUUUCAGCAGGGAAUGGUUUGGGGUUUACUGAUACUGAUCUCCCUUCAGAGGGAAGAAAUCACAACAAAGCGUUACAUAUCUCUAUAGAGUGCAAAGGGACAACUCUGUCUCGUGUCCUGGUUGAUACUGGUUCUUCGUUGAAUGUGAUUCCCAAAUCGGUCCUCAUGAGGAUUGACUAUGCUGGUGUUGAGUUGAGGCCCAGUAAAUUGGUAGUGCGUGCCUUUGAUGGUUCGAGAAGAUCUGUGUUUGGAGAAGAUGACUUGCUAAUCCAAGUUGGUCCUCGGAUUUUCACUACGACUUUUUAUGUAAUGGAUAUUCAGCCUGCAUAUUACUGCUUGUUGGGACGACCAUGGAUUCACAAAGCUGGCGCUGUGACAUCCACCCUCCAUCAGAAGUUGAAAUAUCCAAUUGAUGGUAAGGUUGUGACAGUUUGUGGUGAGGAGGAUUACAUUGUGAGUCACCUAUCUUCUUUCCGCUAUGUGGAGAUUGAAGGUGAAAUACACAAGACCCCGUUUCAGGCGUUUGAGGCUGUGAAUGCUGUGAAAACUCCUCUUUGUGAGUUAAAGAAGCCGGAAACGUUUAUGUCUUUCUUGAAGGAUCACAGGUGGUUGUGGAAACUGGUAAAAGUGAGGGGUGGGGACAGAUGA